UAAUCAUUGGUUCUGUUUCUCGAUUAGUCAGCCUGUUUUCAUUGUAGGGCUUUUUGCGCAAGCGGUUAUAUCCUUCUUCACAGGGAAGAGAAGAGCCGAUUUCAGCAGGUCCCGCGAAGACAAACAAAGAACCACACCCGGUAUUGUAUGACAGCUUCGCGUUGCUCACAGAAAGUCCAUCCCAGUUCUACCCUCUAUCAGCUUGGGCAGAUAGGGCAGCCAGUGCCUUCGGUACCAUAGGCCGGGGAACCCCGUUCCUCUUCGGACCGUCCGCGGCUAUCCGCCUGGCCCAGAUCGAAGCCCAGCUAGCCCUGCACCAACUGAGCAUCAUCGCCGCUGCCAGUAACCACGGCAACCAGCAACGGGCCCUGCUCAACCUUCUCCAGCAAGCAGCUGCCAACAACAUCGCUCAGCCGCUCGCGCCCCGUCAUGUACCAGCCUCAGCAACAGGGGGCACCCUUCAACAGGCCCAGGAACAUGCCAUACCAUCAACAACAACCGGGCCACUCUACGGGCGGUAACAACAUGGCCCAGAUGAACAGCUACCAGGCGGGUCAGUUCCCGCCGCAAACACGUCUACCCGAGGAGCUGGAGUCGGCGAUCUCUGUCCGUGUUCAGGGUGGGAGGGACGAGGACCACCGACUACUCAACCAGAAUACCCAGAUCUCCCGGCAGCACUGUGUAGAUCCCCGCAUGCACGGGGACGGUCGGGGUGGGAGUUCAGAGACUGCCUAUUCUAACAGCAACAACCUUGUUUCGCUCUCCUGCGAUGACCAGCAGAAUCAGAUGCAAGAUGUGGACUGGUCCAACUACCAGACUCCCAGUAAACUCUUUGGUCUCAAUCAGCAGCAGCACCUCCAGCAGUCCUCCCACUCUCAUGCUAACCCCAACAGCGGGCAUUCAGGAGGGGGCAUGCAAAGCUGGAAUGCUCCUGUUUCUCAACCGGCUCGUCCACAGGGUGGAAACAUGCAGGGUCUGUACGUACCCGAGAGCGCAGGCAGUAUCCUGGCCGGCUUCGGUUUGUCAAACGAUGACCUGGAGGUUCUCAGCCACUACCCUGAUGACCAACUAACUCCAGACACUCUGCCCUUCAUCCUACGUGACAUACAGAUACACAAAACAAACAGAAACACAGGCCCUCCUGCAUUCUCUCAAACUCUCCCUGCUAUUCCUAACCUGCCGCCACCGCUGCGUCUUUCUCCACCACAGCGGCAUCCUGCACAUUCAUGUACGACCAACAUCCCAACUUUUCUGAGUGUGACUCAAACGGCGGGUAAAGUUAUCGACUACGGCCAUGCGAGUAGGGCGGCGGAAGAGGGUAGGGACUCUUACAAACGUGAGCUACCGUCCAAGGAGAGAGCGACUAAACCAGAGUCAAAGUCCACCGGUUCGUCUUUGAAACGUAAAGCUGAAUCCCCAAGGCGGCACGACGACUCUACCGACUCAAAGAAAGACAAAGACUACAGGAGGCGUGCUCCAAUCCCCGACACUCACAAGCACAAAAGAACGCCCGUCAGAGAGCCGCCAUCAAGAUCUCGGUCGGAGCGCGAAGGGUCCAGAUCAAGGCCACAGUUCGAAGUCAGGAGUGAGUCGUCAAAAUCAACCAGACCCUCCGGUGCCAAACGCAGCUCUAGCGCAACCAAGAGGCUCCCAACACCCACCAUGAUAGGUGAUUUCUCGGCGGACCCUCCGAAGGUGUACCCCCACACCUGCUCCCUGUGCGACAUGCAAUGUGAACGGGCUAAGGACUGGAUCGAUCACGUGAACACAGUCAACCACACAGCUAGCUGCAGAGAUCUGCGCAACAAGUAUCCAGACUGGAAUCCAAAUGUCCCAAGGAGGGACCCGUCUCAAGGUCAGGAUGCUUGUGCCACCUGGCAGUCCCUAGAACGCUCUCCCUCCCGCUCAGUCUCCCGUUCCUUGUCCUGGUCCCCCUCUCCCACCCCCCCUCCGGACCGAAGCCGAAGGAUCUCUCCGCCCACAUCCCAUGGACACGCCCCCCACACCUCUGGUCGGCACAGCCCCUCCCAGUCCCAUCGGGGUUCUGCCUCCAGUGCUCACAGGCUGGAGAAAAGAACCAGUGAAUCCUCAGGGAUAUCUACUGGGAGCUCCUCUCGAGAAGGCCUGAAGCGUUCUAGAAAUGACCCCGCCAAGUGUGCGACUGGCCACGGCAACAGAGCAGGGGUUUCUGGGAAACACGAGUCCGGGAAACGUGAGUCCUAUUUGUCGUCCACCAGCAAGUUUCCGGCGUCCAUGUCUGAGAAGCCACAUCGCCCAUCUUCCUCUGCUUCCUCUAAGCCAGGCGCCAAGCCAGUGGCCGGGAAGGAGACCGCCUUAGGACAGGACUCAGAGCUCCAGUCCUCCAACGCGCCACAGAAGAAGCCGAAUCCAACGCAGCAGAAGAAGAAUCCUCCAGGUUCCUACUUGCUCUAUCUGUCAGGCCUCCCUGUAGAUGCCAAGUACCAGGAAGUGGUGUCACUGGUGCAGUCCUUCGGCAAGGUCACCAACGUCCUCAUCAUCAGGAACGAGGAGGGGGAUGAGAACCAGGGGCAGCCGCAAUACAGUAAAGCCACUGUUUGCAUGCAGAAAGAGCAGGAUGCUAAAGCACUGGCUGAGUGCCUCACUCUCACCAUACGGGAACACCCCAUCUCUGUCUCCGACCAGAAUGGCGAGGAGGAGCUUACUUCCUCCAUACCUGUCAUUAUAAAGGGAGAAGUGAUCGGUGCUCCCAAGACACCUGCAGCCCCCAACGAGGCCAACUUGACCGUCAAAGUCCCAGAAGCCAGCGUUGGUCAGAAGAAUUCAAAUGAGAUACACAGGGAGCAGGUGAAGCCACAGAGGAAGAGGAAGAGGGGCUGUAGAGCGGGACAGCUCGAGAGACUCAAAAGACUACAGAGGGAAAACAAGAGGGGCAUGGUCAAGAUUACUGGACUUCCUGAAAGCGGCUGCUCCGAGAUUGAUAUCGCAAAGCUGGCCCAGCCCUUCGGUACACCUGUCAAGAUCCUCCUCAUCACCAAGCCCAGUGAGGCUUUGGUCACCAUGCAGGAUGUGGAGACAGCCCAGGAGAUGGUGAAAGUUUACACCGACAUGCCUGUCUGCAUCAAUGACUCUGUUCUGAACAUGAGCCUGCUUCCAAACCUCCUGGUGGACUUCAACAGACCGGUGGCACUUUUCCAUUCAUUGAUGGGACCCAGGAAUCCUGUUAGUAAGGCGGAGGUGGGAGGUGAUGAUGAUGACUGGAACCGUCUCCUGGUUGUCAGUAACAUCCCGGCCACGCCCUCCGGCCCAACAGAGAUCCAGAAACUGGUCCAGCGCUUCGGCACAGUCCAACAGACUCUGGCACUCAAGGACAAGAUCAUCUUUGAGAUGGGAACAGCAGACAUGGCCAAGAGUGUCUUCAACCGCUUCCAGAAGUUUCCCUGCAUAGUUCAGAACAACAAGCUUGCCUUCUCCUGGAAACCUGAUCCCAAGACUGAUCUACCUAAAGUCGACAUCUCCUCUGCCGGCUCAACAGCUUCAACUGAUGGCAAUGACUCUGCAGAGACCACUAUGCCCCCUGGUGGCCAGGAGGACUCACUGUCUCAGUCAGGAUUAAAGGUGGAGUCAGGAACCGGGGUUGAUACUAAGGUUGAAGGACAGGAGGUUCAGCCAGGGAUUGAAGGGAUGAACGUUGAAAUAGGGGUUCAAGCCACAAAGUCUCCAGCAUUAGGAGGAAAGGAUCAAGAGAAGGAGCCUGAUGCAUCUUCCUUACAGCCAGCAGGAGUGAACCAGAGAGAACCUGGAGGUCAGGGUGGAGAGGUCGUCACAGAGAAAGUUGUAGACAUUUCAACAACGGAGUCUGAAGAACCAGUCUCCUCAGAUGUUACCUCCGCUCCUCAAGCUGCUAAACCAGAGACAGAGAAAAUGUCUGUUUCCAGUUCCACAAUAGCCACCCCAGCCCCAAAAGUGAUGGCGGCCAUCAUAGAGGCCUUACGACAGGAGAGCAGGAACAGAUCCUCUACCAGGAUUACCACCGACCAGGCUGCAGCUGAGAAUCCUCCAGGUAAACAACCAAAAGAUAAGGAGACUCCAGAUGUUCAGGCUGCCCCCGCUCUACCCAGAGUGACCCCAGAGAUCCUGAAGGUGCUGCUGGAGGAGUGCAGGGUCCGGUCCACCAGUAGGGCUGGCGCUGAGCAGGCCAGGAAGGAGCAGGCUCAGGCGCCCCCUGCAGGCCAAAAGCCAUCCACUGGAAACCGAAGAGACCACAGUGGAGACAGGGAGCCUGGAAGAGAGCAGGCCACCAAGAGGAAGACCCGUGAGGAGGAAAGGGAGGAGAGGGAGAGAGCGAGGAGGGAGAGGGAGAGGAGGCUGAAGACUCAAGAGGAGGAGAAGGAGAAAGGAAGGAGGGAGAGAGAGAAGAGGCGGUCCCACAGGGAACGGUCAUCUGGAUCACCGGGGUCCAGGUCCUCUAUGCGGUAUGAGGGGAGCCGCCACAGCGGGAAGAGCGGCGCCAGGUCUGAGUCCAGGAGAGGAAACGGAGAGGAGAAACAGCAGGAAGAGGAGGAGUUAGGUGAGAAGCACGUCCCCUUCGACAUGGAAGACUUUGUGACUGUGGACGAGGUGGGGGAAGCAGCUGCGGUGCCCUGUCCUCUCCCUGAGACAACCACAGAGGUGACUGAGGUUACAGAGGUGACCGUCAAUGACCCUGUGACCACAGCCUCUGAGGCGGAGCAGCAGGCACCAGCUGACACUACAUCGAUGGAAUUGGAGGGUGAGCCUGGGACAGCCAAGGUACGGGAGGAAGCGCUGGACAAACGAGAACAGAAGGAGGGGUUGUCCCCAGCAACCACAGAGGGGUCGGUGAAGACUGCAGAGGGACAUGGGGACGUGACAGAGGAGACAUUUCCUGACUGUCAGGAUGACAUCAAAGAGCCUGUGGUCACUGUGCCGAAGACAACCUGCCACGAGGUCACUGAGGAGUCCACAACCACAGACGCACCUGGCGCCGCUGGAGAAGAGGAACGGGAUGGACGAGUGGAGGGCCUCAACAUGGGGACGUUUCUGACGGUGGACGAGGUGGGACAGGUGGAGGAGGACGGGGAGAAGAGGUCUGCUGAGAACGUGGAGUCGAAGCGAAGGAGGACAUCUCAGGAGGAGAGAGAGGAGGAGACGGCGAGGAGGAAGAUGAAGAUGGAACCCCUCUUUUAUAAAGACUACAGCAUCCCUCCCUUCAACCCUGACAGCCCUGUCGGCAUGGAGUUUCUGGUCCCCAAGUCAGGCUUCUUCUGCAAGGUGUGUUCUAAGUUCUAUAGCGGAACUGACGAGGCUGAGAAGAACCACUGCAAGACCCUCAAACACCAUCAGAACCUGGAGAAAUCCCUGGAGAAGUGGAGAGUGAAGAAAGACUGACUCCGUGAUGAGCUGAAGAGUUAAAUAUUGACUGUCUGUGUCCCAACCACGGACUGAUUCAUUCCUGUCUUAACUCUUUUCCCACUUCCUUGUUUUUGUUUUUCUUCCCCAUGGGUCCAAUAUCACUCACUCACUCACACACAACUAUAACUGUUUCUUUUUGUUAGUUAUUUUCCCAUGAUAUAGAAGACAAGUGACUCAAUAGAGAGAAAUUAAAGUAGAAACCAGUGUACAAUGAAAAUAAAGUGUUUUAUUCAA